UUGAGGUUGGCCAGACUGACAGAAACCUACACACAGGCUGUGGGUGCCCGAUUUCUCUCUCUCUCGUACACACUGGCACAGUAGCACUCUUACCUGGCUGGCCUUUGACUCCAACGGCCCACCUUAUUCCCACACUGAACAGGCCCCAGACCAUGGUCCGCCACACCGGCUGCAGCAUGAGUGCCCUCCCCAGUGUCAGUGCAGAGAGCCAGCUGUCUACCCCCUGGGCCCCCCACUACCCAGCCACAGAUGUUUCCAUGGUAACACCCAGCUACUCCAGCCGCCUGUGGGCGCAGGAGACGCAGCCCCAGUUUUGGACUAAGUUCCAGGUGUGGGAUUGGCUGCAGCAGACUCUGGACGUGCACCAGAUCGACGCCACCAGCAUCCCCUUCCACAACUUCGACAUCGACGGACGCCAGCUCUGCAAUAUGAGCUUCCAGGACUUCACACGCGCCGCAGGGCCGGUUGGGUCCAUCCUCUUCCAGAGCCUGGCUGACAUCAAAUGGGGCGGCCAGUAUCCUGCAGAAAUCUUCCCAACCAUGGACAUCAAAACAGAGAUAGAUGAGUUUCCUUGUUCUCUUCUUCCCUUUAAAGAGGAAACCAGCUUCUUUCCCGCUUCAGACUUUUUCGAUAUUAAGCCAUCAUUCUCAUCUUCAGUAGCCUUGAGUUCACCUUCUCCCUCAAGCCCAGACCCAAAGAGAUCACACAACCGGUCGCAUCCUGUCAAAAAACACAAUCCGAGGGGAACACACUUGUGGGAGUUCAUCCGUGACAUCCUGCUCAACCCCGAGCGCAACCCGGGCCUCAUCAAGUGGGAGGACCGCUCCGAAGGCGUGUUCCGCUUCCUGAAGUCCGAGGCGGUGGCCCAGCUGUGGGGCAAGAAGAAAAACAACAGUAGCAUGACCUACGAGAAGCUUAGCCGAGCAAUGAGGUAUUACUACAAGAGAGAGAUCUUGGAGCGUGUGGAUGGCCGCAGGCUGGUGUACAAAUUUGGCAGGAAUGCACAGGGGUGGAGGGAGUCGGAGAAGUGAAGAAAUGUGAAGGUCACCUUGACACAUUUUUGAACCACCAAGUAAACACAUUACCUUAUUUAUGCCGUUGUGACAUUUAUGUGUGUUAUGUAGAUGUGUACUCUGUGCAUUGUUUGUACAUUUUAUGACCUUUUUCUGGUUUUCUACUUUUUUUUAUUUAGCUAUGUCUGUGAAGGAAAUUGCUGUUUGUUUAUAACAACAUUUUUGCUAUAUUUUUGCUCUGUUUGUGCUGCUUUAUCAUUUCAGCAACAUUAGAAAAAUGAAAGUAAGGACUAUUUCAGGAAUUGAUCUUGACUUUGGCGAAUUAUUUUGUCUAAUUUACCUUAGCUUCACCUGCUCAAACUGUGAAAAUGUUCAUAAUAAAACAAGCAGUGCUAUAAUGGUGUUUACUAACCAUGCUCACACUGCAUGCAUCAUAAGCAACCGUGUUCGGUUUGAACUGUUGACAACCGUUUCACCCUUCUGUUUAGCUUCAUUUUCCACUGAAUUCAUUUGAAUUUUAAACGAGUUUGUGUUCACCCAACCAAGCCUAACCCAGAGCUGGGUCUGGUCUACUGUACCUGUUGGAGCAAUAUGAAGACAAACAGGUAGUGUGCACAUUUGCAUAGUUACAUGGAAAGUAUACUUACAGUAAUAAGCAACAGUUUUUGUAUAUGUGAGUGAACCGAUAUGUUGGAAGUGCCUAAAAUAAAAUGUAUGUCCAAUAUUAAAAAAA